AAAAUCAAUACCGAUCAUUAACUUGAGGCUGAGCCAUUUUGGUGAGAUACCGUGAUCUCCCUAUUCAAUGAAAUCUCAAAUAUGGGGUCCUCUUUUAUUUCGCAUAUGCUUGUAAUAAUUGCAAUAUGCGGAGGAUUCUUUACAACUAGUUUCGGAGAAUACUUUGACCGUAUGCCUCCUAAAGCGCCGACCGUCGGAAUAUCGGUGCUAGUGCGGAAUAAAGCUCAUACGCUCCCGUAUUUUCUUUCCUCACUAUUGAAGCAGACAUAUCCCAAGAAGCGCAUUUAUAUUAGGUUCUACUGUGACCAUACUUCAGAUAAUAGUUUGGACAUAAUAAAACAUUGGGUAGGGGAAUAUGGUUCUCUAUAUCAUGCUACAUACAUAGUAGCUGAUGUAACUGGCCCGGCCAAGUACAGGGAUGAAUCUACUACAGUGAUUUGGACUCUGGCAAGAUUUGAGCAUGUCAUUGAAUUAAGGGAGGACGCCCUUGAGUUUGCAAGGAGUAAAUGGGCAGACUAUGUAUUUAUGCUGGACGCGGACGUGUUCCUGACGGAGAGUGACACGCUGCGGUUGCUGACAGAACAGCGCCGAGCGAUCGUCGCCCCCAUGCUGCAUUCCGAAGGGACAUACUCCAACUUCUGGUGCGCGGUACAAGACGAGUUCUUCUACAAACGUUGCGACGCUUACUAUUCUAUGUUGGAGCGGGCGCCCGAAUACGUGGGCUGCCACAGCGUCCCCUUGGUGCACUCUGCGGUGCUCAUCUCGCUCAGGAACAAGGCGUCCGACCAGCUGUCGUACCACCCCCCUAACGAGGAAGAGUACUACGGGCCCUACGACGACACUGUGCUGUUCGCGUACACCGCCACUUACAUAGGUAUGCUGCUACACAUAUGCAACCAUCGCGUGUACGGCUACGUGCCUAAACCUGCGGAUACCUCCAGUAAAUUGAACAGCGAUCUCCUGGAACGAGAACACCUCCUGAACGUGAAACUUCAAGCCAUCGCUCGCGGCACCCCUCUACCCAUAAUACCAGAGCUACAAAAAUAUGUGACCUACCCUCCGAAAGAUACCCUGAACUGCAGUAAAAUCUUCAUGAUCAAUCUGGAAAGAAGGGUUGAGAGGAAACAAAUGAUGGAGACAAGUUUCCGUGAGUUGGGCUUGGAUGUAGAAGUGUUGAAAGCCGUAGACGCCACGGAACUGACCCAACCAGAACUUCUGAAUCUGGAGGUGAAGCUGAUGCCGAACUACGAAGACCCCUAUCAUAAACGACCUAUGAAAGCGGGCGAGAUUGGUUGCUUCCUGAGCCACUACGCGGUCUGGAAAAUGAUAAUAUUGUUCGGUCACAAUUUGACGAUGGUUCUGGAAGACGACGUGCGCUUCGCGCCAUUCUUCCGACUGCGGCUCAACGGCAUUCUCAAGGAGCUUAGCGGACACGACUUUGACCUGCUAUACCUCGGAAGGAAGAUCCUGAUGGACAGUGGCGAGCGGCCUGUCACGGCUCACACCACGAAGCCGCUGUACUCCUACUGGACUAUCGGGUAUAUCCUCACACUGAGAGGAGCUCAGAAACUUGUAGACGGAAAACCACUCCAGAACAUGCUGCCAGUGGACGAAUACCUGCCCAUUAUGUUCGACCAGCAUCCCAACGAGACAUGGAAAGCCCACUUCCCCCGGCGCGACCUGCGGGCGCUCUCGGCGUCGCCGCUGCUGGUGCACCCCACGCACUACUCGGGCAUGCCGGGCUACCUGUCCGACACCGAGGACUCGCCCGUCGUGCUCGCGAUGCCCGAAGGGUCGCGGACGGAGCUCUGACCCGCGCGAACUCGUCGGGCUGUUGCGUACCACGACUUCAUGAUGCGCAAUAAGGACAACAGCACGACGCCGAUAAACUUUGACAUAAGUUAUUAGUAAACGAGCGGUUCCGAACGGACGCGGCUGAUCGUCCGCGUUUAUUACAUAUUUAUAUCAAAGCUUUGGUUUUCCUACUAGCAAAGGCAGGAGUCAGAAAUUAUAUCUUCUAUCUUCUCCACUUCCUAAAGCAUGCGAACAUGGAAUAAGGGGAGUUUACCCCCGUUUGCUAUUACACAUAUGCUAUUUGGAUAUUAUUUCCACUGGUGCGCCAGUGCUCUGGAAAUUGAAUAAGCUGUGGGAGAAGAUACAUUUACAUUUACAUCCUUUCCCCGGGGAGAUAAUUGUCUCCUGUCCAUGCUAAAAGGACAAUAAACAAAGAAACCUUUUUACCUUUCCUAGCGAUUUGGAUACUCACAUGUCUUUGCGCUCUUGUCCUUGAAGUCAUACACGGUGAGGUUUUACUUUUUAUCCAAUGAAAACAGUUUACAAGGAAUUUGCAAGGAAAAUAGUAAUAAACGCGAACGAAGCAGUCAGGCGAAAGCUUGUUUAUUAAUAAUUUACUACUACGACAGCCAUAUAUAAAUCAAUGUACCCACGAAGAAUAGGCUCAUUUCCCUCUUUAAUAUUCGGGGGAUGACUUCUUCGUUGUAGAUUCGUCGAAAGUAAGAUGUUGCCACGGCGAGCGUCAGUGACUUACUGGUGCAUUUGUCACUUGCAGCCCAGUGGACAGCAAAUUGCUCUGCAUUUAUUUUAAUAUAUAUAAAAUUGAAUGGCCAAAUAACUCUGGCCGCGAGAUGCGUCUUCAUAUGUUUAAUGCAUUUAUAUCCUGAAGAUUUCGAUGAACUUAUUUUUGUAAAGGAAUUUUGAUGAUUAAAUAGUUUUAUUUUUAGUUUAACCUGUAGGUUAUUUAAGUUUAUUGCCAUUUCUAAGUGCGCCAUGCCCUUUUUUAAUUGACUGACCAAAUAUUUUUAAUUUUUAUAUCUAUAUACAAAAUUGCCAUCUGUUGCCUAUAAGGAACACGUUGUGAGAACGACGGUGGGUCCACUAUGGACUGUCAAAUAUUUAUUGACGCAUUUAUUAAUACUUAAAUAUUAAUUAAUAUAGAUUCACAGUGUCAUAAAUUAAAUAAAAACUCCUGUAUGUACUUAUGCAAGUAGAAGUUAAACUUCUUUCGCGUUAAUACACAGUGUUUUAAAGUUCACAAAUGAAAAAAGAAAAAAAAAAAAACGUAGAAUUAGUUUUUUGUCGGACAUUAAGUCGGCGGUGGUGACCGGAUAUUCUUGUCUGUAGCUAUUUCUGUAAGUCCAUUAUUACUCACUAGUCUUAUUAUGUAAACAAUUUUUUCAUUACCUUUUUAAUAUCAGUAAAACGAAAAAAAGUGUGUUAAAUUUUAACUCACUUUUAAAUUAUAAAACAUACUUUACCCUAAAAAGUAAUGAAGAGGUUGUUUCUAAAAUCAAUCAAUGUUUAGCGUAUAAGAGUCCCAUGCUGGACUCAGGGCCGCUCCCGACGCGAGUGUGCCCAUAAUCGUUUGACAAGUAAAAUAUAGUAAAUAGUAUUUAGAAUCUAAAGGCAUGUUAUAAUUCGAUACUACUUAAUUAAGUUAUUUUAAAUGCUAUACCAAAUAUUUGUUUUUUAU